GUGCUUUGGUUUAUCUAAACAUUUUUGGCAUGUUAUGGUUUACGCCAAUGAUCCCAAGCAACAACAGACAGUAACACAAUGGCUUUUACACUGUCGUCAUUCGUCAAGCAGCAGGACUAUUUUAAUCGUCGAAUACCCACCAAAGCUUUGAAUGACAGCCACUUGCAGAAGACCCGUGCCGAACUAAAACGAAUGCUAUUGUUAUUCAAACUUGUAGGCCUAAAUCAGGAGCACUCGCACUCUUUGUUGACUCCUUUGUCUUCGUAUCUACAAUGAAUUAGAGUUGGAUACGCUUACGCAUCACACGAAAGAGAAGAUGGUGACGAGGAAAACAGCGUUCAUGUUUCUUCUAGCACUGAAAUUCAUCCUGUUCAUUAGACUCGCAGACUCUGUGGUUCCACAGGACGAAGUGGAAGCUCUUGAAGAAAUUAUGAUUUUAAUGGGUGCAACAAAUUGGAGGUUGAAUGGUAACUCUUGUCAACUUGAAGCAAUAUCUGAAAUGCCAAAACCCCACCCUGAAGCCGAUGCCAAGGUCCAAUGUGACAUUGACUGCAACAAUGAUAACUCCACUGAUUGUCAUGUUGUAAGCUUCGUACAUAAGUUUUAUAGUCUUAAUGGUGUUCUUCCACGUGAACUUGUAAAGCUUCCUUAUCUUCAAACUAUUGAUUUUGCUUACAAUUACCUUGGUGGCAAGAUUCCAUCUGAAUUGGGCUCAACGCGGUUGCAAUCAAUAUCUCUUCUUGGAAACCGCUUAUCCGGGGAAAUACCAGGGGAACUCGGGAAUAUUACAACUUUGACAUAUUUGAACCUUGAAGCAAACAACUUUUCUGGGACUAUUCCUUCUGAUCUUGGGAAAUUGAUUAAUUUACAAGCAUUGAUCUUGUCCUCAAACCGGUUGACAGGGAUGUUGCCAACUUCCUUUGCUGAAUUGAGAAGCUUAACAGAUUUUAGGAUAAGUGACAACAACUUCAGUGGAUCGAUACCUAAUUUCAUACAGAAUUUGAGGCAACUCAGUAAACUAGAAAUGAUUGGGACUGGGCUUCAGGGACCAAUUCCUUCAAACAUAUCCCUUCUUCAUAAUUUAAGUGAUGUGAGGAUAUCUGAAAUAAGUGGACCAACUCAGAGAUUCCCUCCUUUAGAUAAUGCUAUCGGUUUACUAACAGUUGUGUUGAGAGGAUGCAACAUUUCUGGAGAGAUACCUGCUUAUAUUUGGCAAAGAAGAGAUCUUCAAUUAUUGGAUGUAAGCUUUAACAAGUUAGUAGGGGAAAUAUCGAAUGACAUUGUUGGUAGGAGCUUGCGUUAUGUGUUUUUGACAGGCAACAUGCUAAGUGGAGCUAUACCCAACACACUCUUGAUUGAAGGAGCUACCAUUGACUUGUCCUACAACAAUUUCACAUGGCAAGGGCCAGAUCGACCCACAUGCCAACCAAACAUGAAUCUAUACAUCAAUUUGUUUAAGAGUUCGGGGAACACAUUACAGGAUAUACUGCCAUGCAUAAGGGAUGCCACAUGUCCUAGAUAUGGAUGUUCCUUACACGUUAAUAGUGGAGGAGAUGAUGUAAGGGUAAAAGAAAAUGGUGUGGAUGUUGUUUUUGAAGGAGAUGCAUCCUUUGAUGGUGGUGCUGGAAGUUUUCAUAGAACCAGUAAUAAUUGGGGACUUAGUAGCUCCGGAGACUUUCUUGAUGACAAUAUUCAAACAAACCGUUAUGUAGAAUCUUUGCAAAAUUCAACAAAUUUAGCUUCCAUUUACACAACUGCACGCCUCUCUCCACUCUCACUUACUUAUAUCAGCUAUUGUUUGGAAAAUGGUGAUUAUAUUGUUGAUCUUCACUUUGCGGAAAUACAAUAUACGAAUGAUAGUACGUAUAGAAGCCUUGGCAGACGGGUGUUCGAUAUCUAUAUUCAGGGACAAGUUGUGAAGAAGGACUUUAAUAUAGAAGAUGUGGUUGGAAUACAAAUGCCACUUGUUCUACCCUUCAAUGCAAGUGUGACAAAUAACAUCUUAGAGAUACGCUUUUAUUGGGCUGGUAAAGGGACAACACGUUUUCCCAAAAGAGGACGUUAUGGGCCCCUUGUAUCAGCUAUCUCUGUUAACCCAUAUUCUAAAAUUUGUUCAAUUCCUGGGAAGAAGACAGAAAAAAUUAAGUAUGUUGGUUUUGCAAUUGCGGGGCUGUGUCUUGUGUUGAUAAUCUUGGCUGUUUUGUGGUGGAAAAGGUCUCCAAAAGAAAGAAAAAGGAAUUAUAAAGAUUUUGAAGGGGUGGAGUUGAAAACAGUAUCGUUCUCUUAUAAACAACUAAACACUGCUACAAACAACUUCAAUGCUUCACACAAAAUUGGAGAAGGGGGAUUCGGACCUGUUUUCAAGGGUACGUUACGUGAUGGCACUGUAGUUGCUGUAAAACAACUUUCCUCUCGUUCAAAGCAAGGAAAUCGUGAGUUUUUAACAGAAAUUGGUGUGAUAUCGUGCUUACAACACCCAAAUCUUGUGAAGCUUUAUGGAUGCUGUGUUGAAGAAGAUCAAUUGUUGCUAGUAUACGAGUAUCUGGAAAACAAUAGCCUUGCAAAUGCUCUAUUUGGUUCGAGUAAAAGUAGUUUAAUGUUGGAUUGGGCAACAAGGUUUAAGAUUUGUGUUGGAAUUGCUAGAGACUUUGGAUUGGCUAGGCUAGAUGAGGAUGAACAUACUCAUGUCAGCACACGAGUAGCUGGAACAAUAGGAUACAUGGCACCAGAAUACGCACUUUGGGGUCACUUGAGUGACAAGGCGGAUGUAUACAGCUUUGGAGUUGUGGCUUUGGAAAUUGUGAGUGGAAAGAACAACAAUAAAUACAUACCAAACAACGAUAGUGUUUGUCUUCUAGAAUGGGCUUAUCGUUUGCAAUCUAGUAAAAAGUACGAUGAACUAUUCGAUGAGAGGUUGGAAUUUAAAAUCAACAAAGAAGAAGCAGAAAAUGUGGUGAAAGUGGCGUUAUUGUGCACAAGUGGAUCUCCAUCAAUAAGGCCAACAAUGUCUGAGGUAGUGAGCAUGCUUGAAGGCAUAACAUGUAUCCCAGAAAUAACCCCGGAAGUAGGUCGCUAUUUUGAAGAUUUGAGAUUCCAAACAAUGAGGGAUGGAAAUCAGGUUGGACACACAGGAAGUAGCAUCAACACUCAAUAUUCGGCUACUGUUAAGAGCGAUACACGUUUUUUGACUACAUCUUCAAAUGAUCGUUUUGAAGUGGUAUCUGUUGACACAAGAUCAUUCUAA